GUUCGUUCGCAGGUCGCGCGCCGGACGUCGAGCGUCACAGAGUGCAGCGCUGCUCUGCUGCUGCUGCCGUCCGCGCGACGCGCUGCUGCCGACGCUUGCGGAGCCCAUGGAGCACGCAUCUGACCUGGCACCCGGAAGUCUAAUGCCAUGUCAAGCGUGAGACGAGCUCGUCGGCGCGCAAACCUCCCAAAGGCUGCCCCGUCCCCAAUAAUCUGGCGCUAUCACCCGGCCUGGCCUCACCUGCCAGGAUCGUCGACGGCACGGCAAUCUGGGAGCGUCGAGCUGGGGGUGCCGGCGCACGCCCACCCAGAGCAGCACCGGUGCGAUGAGAGCAGAGAGGGUGCGGUGCUGCGCUGCUAUCCUGUCGAGCGGAGUGCCUACACGCCCGGCCAAUAACGGCCGUUACAGCACCGCGCUGGCUGACGCCUCUCUUGCGUUAUGAUCCCUGAGUCCGGAAGGUUGGGUGGCAGCAAACGGCGACGACGAUCCUGCGUGCGAGGCGCGACUCUCGCUCUGCAGCCGGCAGCCUCACGGCUCUUAUCGCCUACUGCUAUACCACCUCUCACAACGGCGGCGGCGGCCCUCCUUUCCUGGUCCGCUGCAGCGCGACAACGUCCGCAGUACAGCACGAGGAGGCGAGUAUGAGAGCAGGUCAUUCCUCAGCACCCUCGUCGAGCGCGCGGGGCGGCGUCCCUUUCUGUUUGUCUGGCCUCCCCUCCUUCGCUUUGUUGCCCACUACUGACUACCGGCCGAGCCUCACUUUUGCUCGAUCGACGCCGACCGGGCUGUGACACCUCCAGCCCCGCCCAUAAUCUCCAUCGUCCGGCAGACUCUUGCUUCACGUCUCACGCCUUGCGUUUCCGAAUUCUAAUCGCGAGCAAGGGCACUCGCUCGGCAGUGCUUCCUUGUCCCGUCGUCGACGCAACGACUCAGAAGCCUGACAGCGACAACCUCAUCAACCCCGCGCCACGGCCGGCCCUGCUCACGAGAUAUUCGACUACACUUUGGCUACCCAACCAUACUCGUGCAUUGUCUGCUUUGCGCGCACCGCCACUCCUUUGGCCUUGCCCACACUGCGCUCUGCUGUUUCGCUUCGUCGUCGCUCGCUCAAGACCACGCUCGCCUUCAAGACCACUCGCUCCUGCACUGCUCGUUCCUGCUCCUGCCCAUUUCCGCGCAACACCGUCAAACGUCAGCCAGGCCCGGCUGUCGAUGCUGCGCUCACUCACGCGUGACGGCAUCACCUCUCGAGCCGCAUUAAUCUGCCAACCCAGCUGCCUUGGGCAGCAGCCGGAACAAGCUUCCGCCCUCACGGCCAUAACAUUCAACUUUUUGCUCUCUGUCUAGGUCACCAUCCACACGGACUCUGGCCAACUUCCCGCUGCUGUAAGGCUGCUAUCGAUUGACAGCUGGACAUCGAUUGUGCUCUCCGAGCUCGCAAUCACGACAGCCAGAUAGAUCCCUUUGCGCCCUCCACCCACCCACCCACUAACCGUCAACCUGGCGACUGUCUAUGCAUCACCGCCCUUCUCGCCGUUGGCGUCGACGCGGAAAGGGAUAGAUUACGGGGACCGCCACGACUCUGGGAUGGACUACAAUGAUCCAUCACGACGGCAGUACGCGCAACAAAAUCCGUAUGGUCCGCAGCAGUCGCAAAGCAGUAGCGCUCAGCCCGGCAGCCAGUACAACACUCCGGGCGGAUCUGUGGAGCGAUUUCGACAGUCUUCAGGCUAUCUUCAGCAGUCUCCACAAGCGGUCGCUCCGCCUGCAAGAGCUAGCAGCGACGCGCAAGUGUAUGGCUUCGGACAAAGCUCGCAGUAUGGGACUGGAGCGUCCGCAGCAGCACAAACGAUGCAAUACUCCGCAGAUAUGCAAGGCGCAGAUGUACAGAGACAGAGCGAUAAUUCGCAAUAUCAGCAAUAUGGUUCCACCCACAUGUACAGCAUGGCACAGCCCACGCAGCAAUCGACGCAAUCGCCUUACGAUCCGGUCUCACGAUAUUCCCAGCGCCCUGGAACUGCUUCCGAGACGCUCGCUUCCCAAAUCGCGGCGUCGCAAACGGCAGCAGCACAGUAUUACCUUGCAGGACAAUCGCUUCCGAGUGCAACAGUGCCCGAAAUGGCGCCGCCGCACUUGCCCUCCCAAUAUCAGGCCUCGGCGUACGCAGCAGCUGGACCUUCAUCCACUUAUGCAAGCGCGAUGAUGGAUCCCACGCAGUCUGGCGCAUAUUCGUACGCUACUACGACGCAAUACACCCCGAGCUCUGCACAAUCUGUUGAUCAGGCUUUCGCCAAUUACCAAAACCAGAUCCGCACACUUUUCACGAAUGUACGAGAGGGAUCAUUACGCGAAAUCGGCGGCCUAUUGAUGGACGUUUCGCUCUAUCUGCUCGGUAACGCUGAAGCGUUAGGGCUGACGCGUGACGACGAUAAUCUGCAUGACGAACGAAUACGACUCUGGGAUGAGUUCAACCGCGCAUGGCUCGUGACGCUCGAGAAGCAGCGCGAGCUCACUCAAGAAUAUAUUCGGAAUCAGGGACUCCGUGAACCUCAAUCAAUCAUGAGCGCGCAGAUACUCGAGCAUCUAUCACGCGAGCUGGUCCGUCUCUGUGAUAGCGUGGAGAAGCACGGCUUGGUGGACUAUCAGAUGGGCGUAGCAGAAGAAGAGAUCAUGGACCUUCUCAUAGAGUGCCUGAACGUGCUGGACCCGGAGAAUGCCGCUGCCGGCGCAGAAAUGUCAGCGUCUGCCUCACGAGAUCGAUAGCCUUGUAUGGCUCGACCACUGUUGCCGCCAAUCUCCAACCGGCUACAUUUGACGGUACCCGCCUGGGCUCAGCACAGCCAGCACAGUGACUGGUUCUGCGCCGCACAGCGUGCGCACCGCGACACCCUCAGCUCACUGCUGGAAGCUCGCAUGUAAAACGUUACUCCGUCGCGCACGCUACACUAUUGUACUCGUGUUUCUCGCAAGAUACCACUAUUAUCGAAGUGGGCAGUCCUUUACAACGCAUUCGAUGUUUGCAUGAAGAGAUGACUAAUAGUAGUUUCAUAUCAAGGAUGGAGGAGAUUUAGAAGUUUUGACGCGACAGCGAAACGAGGCAGAGAGUUCCGGGAAAUGGCUCUGGCUGGUCCAGAGGUCCACCCGGUUUGCUGUAAUGACAACGAGAGCAUGGAUGCAAUGUAAAUAAUACCCAAAGCCACGGCACAGUUGCGCUUGCGCCGUGUAACGUGUUCGCUCCACCUUGCAGACCUGAUUGGGAUGACACCGC